AUGUCUCUCUUGAUAUCUCUAGGGAUGACCAUGGAAGCAAGUGGUGGCACAUUAUCGGACCUGUACCAAAGUUCAAAGAGGCUAUUGUUGAAGACUAGAGAUGGUUUGGAGAGGCUUGAAAGACUCGAAUUCUCGGCAUCCUCGUCCAAUGCGAGCAUCGAUUCACCGGAGCGUUCCUUUGCCAUCAAGAGGGACAUUGUUCAGAUCCAGUCUCUCUGUGUCGAGAUGGACCGCCUUUGGCGCUCCGUUGCCGCCAAGUCACAGCGCGAUCUUUGGAAAAGGAAAGUGGAACAAGUAGUUGAAGAGGCUGACUCAUUGAAAGAUAGUCUGGAUAAGUACUUCUUGCGGAAUCAAAGACGGGUGCAAGAAGCCCAAGAGAGAGCAGAAUUGCUUGGAAGAGCUAAUGGGGAAUCCUCUCAUAUUUUGAGAAUUUUUGAUGAGGAGGAGCAAGCAAUGCGGUCUGCGCGCAACUCAUCUAGGAUGCUGGAAGAAUCUCUUGCAACUGGAGUCGGCAUCCUCGGCAAGUAUGCCGAGCAAAGAGAUCGCUUGAAGGGAGCGCAACGGAAAGCGUUGGAUGUACUUAAUAAUCUGGGGCUGUCAAAUUCUGUAAUGCGGCUUAUUGAGAGGCGGAAUCGUGGUGAUAAAUGGAUUAAAUAUACGGGCAUGGCAUUGACAAUCAUCAUCCUUAUUGUCUUUUGGAGGUGGACCAGGUGAUCUGCAUUUCUUUUUGUUUGCUGUCGGUGUCUACUAUGUACUUGGAAGUUUCAAAAAAAAAAGCCCCCGCCGGGGGGGGGGGGGGGGUGGGGAUUAUCUGAGAUGGUUGAUGUAGGUUUAUAUUUUGCCCUUCGAUUUUGAAGUUUGGACCGAUCUAUUUGGAUGGCGGUAGAUUGUCAUCUCGACUUACAAAUUGUUAUUACUUGCACCUGAAGAUAAUUCUUCUUAUAAGUUUUUAUGGUACUGUUGUUCAUAAAUCAAUAAAGCUGUCAAAAACAAGUUAAAUUGUUAACGGUUCAGUUAGAGCUGAUGGAGACGAUGUCAUUUGGGUUCAAAAUUUGGUCAAUGUGACAUUAAUCAUUUGUGUCCAGUUUUGAGGUAUGAAGUGUAUCGGCAUUUACAGAAG